UCGAACCGCGGGUCCAGAGCAGGGAGCAAGAGUAAUAACGCAGUGGACCCAUCACUGAAAACGAAAUCGCCGACGACCUCUAUUCCCAUGAAUGCAGAUGGUGCUUCGAUCAUUUUAAGAGUUGAUAUUUGUACUUGCACUUAAACUUAUAAUAUAUCAUCAACCAACAUCAAGGACAACACAUACACAGAGGGAGUACUGCUAACACAUACAUUUAGGUGCUUUCUUGUCCACCUUGUCCACCGUACCCCAACGUCUCUACGGACACCAUAAACGAUGUAGUUAUGAUAGUUGUAGGGAGAAGCGCAUGCCGCGCUUUCCUUCUUCUCGAUCCCCUUCUAAUGCUAUCUUCCUCACUAUCCACGGCCAACAUGAUGGAGCAGAGCGGCAGAAAAGCACCGGUGACGAAGAUGGCUCCGGUGGUGGAGCAGAACGAAGUACAGCGAGCAAAAGCGGCACUGAUUAGGCAAGUGCGUGAGAGCGUGCGAACUGAGCGCGUGCAGUACAUACUGCACACUGCACACAGACAAAGUUUACAAGAGAGCUACGGGGAGAAGGAGGUUGCAUUUGACGGCAGCAUUGAG